CUGCAAACAAGCCGCCUUCCCCCUUGCCUCCCAGGGAGGUAGCAACAGCAGCAUCAUCACUGCAAGCCGGAUGGGAGAGCGGAGCGAGGAGAGGAGGCAGCCCCGCUCGGUGUGGCCAGCACGGUAGGAGCUGCAAGCAAAAAAACCCCAACCCCUGCGUGUCUGCUGCAUUGUGUUUCCUCCCAGCCUUUUCGAGGGAAGAGGGGGAUUUUUUUGCCAGAGAGACUUGCCAUGGUUGGAUGUCAAUGCCAGUGAGAGAGAACAACAGUCAGGGGCGGAGGAGGAGGAGGACAGACGGGGAGGAGAAUGAAGCUGGGGACGGUGGUGGAGAGAAGGAAGGAGCCUCGUCCUAUGCAUCAAAAGGAGAUCCCUGCAAUUGCUGAGCCGUCCCUCUCCUCCUCGCCGGCCACAAUGGUCUGUAGGAGCUGCCAGUGCGUUUGAUGACGUUCCCGGCUGGUGAAAGGGGAAAAGGAAACGCGACCAUGUAAGAUCCACGUUUCCCUGGCCAAUUCCUCGCACAGAAUAGCUCCGCUGCCUCCGGGUUUGGAGCCCAGGAUGGUAACAGUCUAGGGAGUCAGCAAGAGCCUCUUCCCUCACCGAUUUCCAUCUUUCUUUCUUUCUUUUCCUUGGUGUGGUGCACACAGCUCCUGGAGUAGAAGAGGUAAAAAAAAAAAAAAAUGCAUCUGGGAAUAAACUCGUUGAAUGCGAAUCUUUUCUUGCAGGACUUUUAAUAUUUGCAAUUCAAUAUCGAUAUAUUUUUUAACCUCCCCCUCGACGAUAUAAUUGGAAGCAACCUGUGAGGAUAGUGUUGAAAAUUUCGGGGGUUUUCCCACACACAAUGUGAAGGUGCUUUUGUCAAGAAAGGCAAUUUUGAUAUUCAUAUCAACCACCUUUCCUUUUGGCUUUUUUUCCCCCCUCCCCUUUGGCAUUUUAUCCGUUGUCUUGGUGGUCUCCUGUCUGAUGUACCCCUUUUCUUUUCUUUUUUUUUUUAAUUCAGAAAUAACAACUGAAAGAAGAAGCAAAUUACCUGACAUGCCAAAUAUUGCUGAAAGAACCGUGUUUCCCUCUGGCCCCACACCCAGUGGAGACCAGCAUCCCUUUUUUUUACAGCUUUAGGAGUUGAGAAAUCCAGGGUGGUUUGCUUUUUCCCACCCCCCGAGACCAUCGCAUCCAUUUCCAAGAGCCACAGCCUUUCUCUGAAAUACCCCAGCUCUUUGGGGCCGGAGGAUUGCUUUCUAACCCCUUCAAACUUGUGGAAUUUGUCCAAUCAAAAAUAAUAAUAAUAAUUACAGAAAGGGGUGGGACAGGGUUGGGGGUACAUUUUUGUAUGAUUAAUUUUCAGUGGGUUGCUGUGAAUUUUAACCGGAUCUUCCUCCAAAUCCAUCUUUUUUAAUAUAUAGAUUUUUUUUUAAUUUUUUUUUUUUUUUUUUUUUGGUGGGGAAGAGGAAGAGGAGAGUCUGCCCGGCAGAGCCCCUGGGUCCUGGGUUCCUGCUGCUGGCCCAUCUUUCCUUCCCAUCCCUGCCUAGCAAGGGAAGGCACAUGUUAAUACCAACUGGUGUGAUCAUUUUAUGGUACUGCUGCUGCGGAUUGCUCAGUCCUAGACAGAUGUUGCGCCAUCAAGGUCUCCUCAAGUGCCGCUGCCGCAUGUUGUUCAAUGACCUGAAGGUCUUCCUGCUCCGGAGACCCCCCGCCCCCCCUCCGCCCUCGCCACCGCCUCUCCUCCCCAUGAACAGUGGAGAUCAGCCUUUGGGCUUACAGGCGGCCAACAACAACACCCUGACCACGCUGCAUGGGGGGCGAGGGGGAGCCUGGAGGGCGCAGGCCGCAGGCGGGGGCGGUGGCAGCACGGCCAGCCCGCCCGAAGAGGACUGGAGCAGCCCUGCAGGUGAGCAGCCCAUGUCUAUGAUGAGCAGCGCUUCCUCAGAUGACUUCUGCAAAGGCAAGGCGGAGGACAGGUACUCGCUGGGCAGCAGCAUCGACAGCGGCAUGAGGACCCCUCUCUGCAGGAUCUGCUUCCAGGGCCCGGAACAGGGGGAGCUCCUGAGCCCGUGUCGCUGCGACGGAUCGGUGAAGUGCACGCAUCAGCCGUGCCUCAUCAAGUGGAUCAGCGAGCGGGGCUGCUGGAGCUGCGAGCUGUGUUACUACAAGUAUCACGUCAUUGCCAUAAGCACAAAGAACCCCCUGCAGUGGCAGGCCAUCUCUCUGACCGUCAUCGAGAAGGUACAGAUAGCGGCGGCCAUCCUGGGGUCCCUCUUCCUCAUCGCCAGUAUCUCGUGGCUCAUCUGGUCGACCUUCAGUCCUUCCGCCAAGUGGCAGCGCCAGGACCUGCUCUUCCAGAUCUGCUAUGGGAUGUAUGGCUUCAUGGACAUUGUCUGUAUAGGUCUAAUAAUCCAUGAAGGGCCCUCAGUUUACCGGAUUUUUAAACGGUGGCAGGCGGUAAAUCAGCAGUGGAAAGUGCUGAACUAUGACAAAACAAAGGACAUGGAGGAACAAAAAACAGGGACCAGGACAAACCAACGACCCUCUUCCCAAACCAACCAUUCGUCCUCCACCGGUGGUGCAGCCAGCAACUCCACUCCCGCCGACAACGGGGCUCGGGGCACCGGCCAUGCCACGGGCACCCUCUCUGACCACCACUGUGCUUAUACCAUCCUGCAUAUACUCAGCCACCUGAGGCCUCACGAACAGAGGAGCCAAUCUAGCACUAACAGAGAGCUCGUUAUGAGGGUUACGACGGUCUGAGCUAAGAUUUCAGGAGGCCUUAACGCGAAGCAGAGGAGCCGAGGAACUCUACCGCAGAGGAGCAUGGCGUGCCUUUUUCUUUCUUCGUUUCUUUUUUCCUUUCUUUCCGUUUUCUUUUUUGUAGCUGCACAAGGAGCAUACGUGACACGUGGCCAACUGAGGAGGAAGGAGAGGCAGAGCCGCGCACCCAUGCUGAAGAGGUUCAUUUUUUUUUCCAGCCAGUAAAUAUUAAAACACAAAAAACAAAAAACAAACCAACCAACAAAACAAGUGCAAUACAGACUAAAAACUGAGUAGGCAGAGGUUUGGGGGGACACAGAGGAACAGCUGGUAUUAGCAUGUCUUACAAGUUUUAUUACCUGGGAUGGGUAACGUUCGUUUUUCUACAUACAUGCACACACGCACGCACGCGCGCACACCCCCCGCACGCAGAGUGGGAUGGCGGCAACCGGAGGGAGCGAAGGAAGCAAAGUAUUUUGGAGUAUUUGUCAAACCGGGGGACCCAGGGAUGGGAGUCGUUGCGUUUCCUACAUCGUCCUGGAGCCCUGUACUGUUUGUGAUGGGAUAUUUCCAAUGAAAUGGCUUGGGAUUUUCAAUAUUGAUUUAAAAAAGAGAGAGAGAGAGAGAGAGAAAGGCAAGUCCUUCCAAAUUUCACCAAAACCACCCCCCUGAUUUCACAGCUUCCCACCAAAGGAGGCUCGGGGAGGGGGGCUGGGAGGGGAGUCGCGUGACCUUUGGAUGUUUUGGGCGAAUGUUGUACAGAAAUGUUCGGCGGGUGUUUUCAAGCACAAGUCCUGGUGUGAUGUAUGCCUUCAUGACCCCAAACUCAGCGCCCAACCUUUCUCACUCAUGGAAACCAUCUUCCAGGUUACCUUCCUCCCAUUGCCCCCGGCUGAGCGCACGGGGCCAGGCCCAGCCCCGCGGGGUUUCUCCUGCGCCUUGAUUCAUCCACUCAUCAGACACGUAUUGUUUUUUCGGAUGUGUGUAUCCCCGCAUCAGAGUCUCUCUUGGUCCUCUAGGUUAAGCCCUCAAUCUCCGGUUUGUUAGCUCAUCGUCUAGUCUAUGCCAUUCAAUCAUUCAGCAGAGACUUUAGUCUGCAGAGGGAGCACAGUCCCUACCUUACUUUAUUACACUUUUAAUAAGUGUCCUUCUCUUAGGACUUCUCCAUGGAGGUGCCAGUUGCUCUUCAAGAACACUCUCUUUCAAUGCACAAUGGCUGAAUCCUUUGUGGGUAUUAAAGGGACACUGUCAAGUACUUUUUAAAUAGUUUUUAGGGUUUUUUUAUUACUCUCCAUUGUUUGUAAUAUUCUCUUUAAAAGCUUGAAAAUAAAAUUUCUUUCCCUACUGAUUUCGUCCUUUUCCAUUUGACAUACGCUCUUCUCCCUGCUUCCCCCACCUCCGCUCACGCCACUCCCUUCCACCUCUCUCCCUCCUCCUCCUCCUCCUCCUCCUCCUUCCUCCCCUCGUAUCGUAACCGGGUGCCAAACGUGGCCGUGCACGGUUUACGUCCUUUCCACGUGCCCCGGCAUCACUGAAGACGCGUGCCCCAGCCCCAAGGAGCAGAGCUGUCUUGUUACCCUCGCAUCAGCAGACGAACAACCAGUACCAAUAUCGGGCGUUAACUAGGUCUGGAGCAAUGGCAGUCACAAUUUCAGCCCCCAAGUCUGGCCAUUGGCCGCCCAGAGCCAAAUAAAAGCGCCUAAAUCACAUUGGCUUGAUUUUUCAGACGGGCUGAGCUGCGGUUUUGUGCUAGCAAUCUUCGCCAUCAGAUCGAAACACCUCUGGCAGCCUCCACUGGAUGCUCAGCACCUCUGAAAAGCAGGUAGUGCUGAAUUGGGCCCCUGCCCGUGGACUCCCAUUGCCUCAUUUAUGGCAUCCAGACUUGAAACUGCCAGCCGUCCAGUGAUGUAGAGCACCGACGAGAGCGGUGUUUUACGGGAGGUCACAUUUUAGGCCUAAAUUACUUGACAGUGUCCCUUUGAAUACCAAAAUACACCAAAACAGGAGUUAUGGCAGAUGAGGAGUGAGAUGAGG